ACAAUAAAAUGGAAUCUUUUGUGGUGAAUGGAGAUUUCGCAAAAAUAAAACAAUAUCCACAUUGCGUUUUCUUAGUUGUGAAUUGUCGCGGGAAAUGGAUAUGUGGCUCGUCUGUUAUCAAUCAGAAAAUACUUCUUACCGCUGCACAUUGUUUAUAUUGUGCUAGUACCAAUCCCAAAAUUGAUGCAUUUGCUGGUCACGAGAAUAUCAAACAGACAAGUGUGAAUAGAGCUGUUAAAAAAGUGUUAAUUCACGAUAAAUAUUCUGAUAGAAAUGUCAAUAGCGAUAUAGGAUUGGUAAUGCUUUCAGAAGAUUUGCCAUUAGGUAAAAAAAUAAAAAGGGUCAUACUUGUAAAACAAUCAAAUUACGGCCUUAGCGCAGUAGUGGCGGGGUGGGGGGCAAUAAGUGAUGAGCCCGAAAGGGGUACCGAUACAUUGAAAUGGGCAAACCAGAAAGUGAGAUCCGAGAAAACUUGUACCAAACUCGGCAAGCUGAAGCCAGGCAUGAUGUGCGCAGGAAGCACAAGCAAGGAACAUCCGCGACCAAAGGUGAUUCAGGAAGUGCUCUAAUCACAGCAGAUUACCAACAGAUUGGGAUCGUAUCUUACCGUCUUGUGACUUAUCCGGGAUUAGUUGUUUACACCAAUGUCUCUUACUAC